AUGCCCGUGGUCGGGGCUGAGGCUACGGCGGUUACUUGGGUGGCUCCUGGUCUCUUCGUCAGCGGAUGGUCUACUGGGAUCCUCAUGGUUGCGAGGAUCGAUCGUCCUGACCCAAAAGAUUGGGCAAAGUUCUGGGAAUUGCCGGUGCUCGAAGAAAAGGUCGCUAUCCUGGCUCUCCAUCACAAUGGCUCCUUGCUCGCCAUCUCAAGUACGACUUCUGUUUCUGUUUGGCUUGCGAAAGAUUCUAAAUUCAAAGUCCUAAGCUUCUUCGCCGAUGUCCCCGCGCCCAAAUCGCAUGGUAACGUCGCUGGCCCCGUUGAGAUCACCUCGGUCUCAUGGAAGGGCAUGACGACGACCCUGGUCGUGUCUUACCUUCACCAUGGCAUUGUCGGUUGGGAUGUCAGCACCCAAUCAAUAGUUUUCGCCCACGCCAUCGAGAAUGCGGGUGGCUCCCUUUCCCCGAACGGAGAACUGUUUGCAGCUUUCUCUCGUCAAGGCACUACUGUUUACGCACUUCCGCACGGACUACGGCAGCAAAGCUUCAAUCGAGAGGAUAGUUCCGGUGAGUGCGGCCCCGCAAUAUUCAUUCAUAAUGGGUGGGCCUUGCUGGAAGGGCGUAGAGGGAGUGGCAUCAUCUGGGACCUUGAGACCUCAAGGCUGUUGGGACCAGAUAUAUCACUAGAAGAAGGAGAAAAUGUUGUCUGCCUAGCGCAACACUACGACGAGGCAGGCGACGUAUUUCUGAUCGCGAUCACAACUUCGUCGCAACGCCUCCAGAUUUUCGAAACACAUAGAAUUGGGGAGACUGGUGAUCAUCCGAGCAAGCUAGUUCGUAGGCGUCAUCAUGACUUUUGCGUUCUGGCGGUGUUGUUCUCGCUGGGGGCCGCCGUAACACCUGCAAUGUGUCGCAUGUUCAGCGAAUAG